AUGUCGACUCAAGCCAAGUCGCGCUGGGCAGAUGACGAAGAAGAUGCUGCGCUAGAUCUGCAGCGCAAACGCGAAAAGGAAGAGAAGAAACGAUUGAAGGCAGAAAAACAGAGGAAGCUCGAUGAGCAAGCUGCCGCUGCCUCUGCUGCGAAAUCCAAAGCUCAAGCUCCUUCUGAACCAGAAGCAUCCGCCGAAAGACCCUCGAAGCGUCGCCGUUUAUCACACUCUCCGGCGCCCGCUCAAAAGCUCGAUUUACCGCCUGCCAAACUAUUGCGAUUUCCAGCACCCAUUUGGGGGAAAUGUCGCAGCGUGGAAGAUUAUGAGAAAUUGAAUGAUAUAGAGGAGGGGGCUUAUGGAUGGGUAUCACGCGCGAAAGAUAGUCGGACGGGGAAAGUCGUUGCGCUAAAACGAUUAAAGAUGGAAAAUGCCAAUGACGGAGUGCCAGUAACGGGUCUAAGGGAAAUACAAACGUUGAUGGACUGUGAGCAUGAGAACAUUGUGAGGUUAAGGGAAGUGGUUGUUGGAGAGGAUACAAGUAAGAUUGAGAAUAUAUUCCUCGUUCUUGACUUCCUUGAACACGACCUCAAAACUCUCCUCACAUCCCUCUCGGAACCCUUUCUCCCAUCCGAACUCAAAUUACUUCUCCAUCAACUCACAACAGGCGUUGCCUACCUCCAUAACAAUUACAUCCUCCACCGCGACUUAAAAACCUCCAAUCUCCUCCUCUCCAAUCGAGGCGUCCUUAAAAUCGCUGAUUUUGGCAUGGCCCGCUACUGCGGCGAUCCAGCUCCAAAAAUGACCCAAUUAGUCGUUACGCUCUGGUACCGCAGUCCCGAGCUGUUACUCGGCGAAGAACGAUAUGGUAAAAGUGUAGAUAUGUGGAGCGUGGGUUGCAUAUUUGGUGAACUCCUCAGCAACGACGCCCUACUUCCCGGAAAAAAUGAAGUCGAUCAACUAUCCAAGAUUUUCGAACUCCUCGGCCUCCCUACCGAAUCCAACUGGCCCACCUUCAAACGUCUCCCCAACGCACGCUCUCUCCGUCUUCCUAAAAACCCUAAUCCCGCCACUCAAGGCUCAGUCCUGCGCUCCAAAUUCCCCUUCCUGACUUCAGCUGGAUCAUCUCUACUCUCCUCUCUCCUCAGCUUAAAUCCUGCGAAAAGACCUUCUGCACAAGAGGUUCUGGAACAUGAAUACUUCAAAGAAGAUCCGAAGAUGAAGAGUAAAGAUAUGUUUCCUACAUUUCCAAGUAAAGCUGGAUUGGAGAAGAAGAGACGGAGAGGGACUCCGGAUGCUCCUCAGAGAGGAGAGGCUCCUAAGGGAUUGGGAGGUGUAUUGGAUUUUAGUGGAGUGUUUGGGAGUGGAGGGGGAGAGGAGGUUGAGAAAGGGGCCGGAUUUAGUUUGAAGCUUAUUUAA